CUGUCUCACGCGCAGUGGAGGGAGCGGAACCCGGAUGGAACGGUCAUGGCUGCCGUCAGCGACCUGCCAGUCUAAAGAGAAAAGAGAGUUUGAUUUCCUACUGAAAACACACAGGUGCAAGUGUGUGUAACAAGGAACUUUUAUUCUAAAGCAUGGAGGUUGACCUGACAUCAUCAGAUGAUCCCCCUAAAAGCCAUGACCAGGGCCAAGAUGAUGACACCUCACUGGACCACCUCACUUUGCCUCUUGAGUUGGCACAUCAGCUUUCAGAGACAGCCUCUUGCAAUGAGAAUUGUGACCAAGAUGAAGCACCCCCUGAGGAGUCAGGCACUGAUAAUCUCAACACACAUGGCAAAGCUUCUGGAAAGUCUCCAUGUAAGACACUGCAGGGUGCAAUCUUCUCUGGAAAAAUACUGAGCUUUUGUUGCUCCGAAUGCAAAGACGACACCACUUACAGCCCUAACGACUUGCUUAAACAUUUUCAAGGAGUUCACAAGGGAACCCUUCCAACUUAUCCUUGUGAUCUGUGCUCAUUUGUCACCAAUGAAUUCUCUGCUCUCCAGCGACAUCGCAUUGGACAUCGAAACACUUUGGUCACAUGCGAGAUCUGCAAUGAUGGGGUGCAGUAUUCGCUUCUUUUGCUAACAAGGCACUUUACAGCAUGCCACAGUCAUAAUGGACAUUUCCGCUGUAAAAAGUGCGAGUUUUCAACCAGAGAUGCAGGAACCUUCGUUCAACACAUUCAUCAUCACAAUGAACUUAAUCAAAAAUGUGUCAAAUGUCCACUUGUUAGCCCCACACAGGGGGAGCUUCAGAGGCAUAAUCUGGUGCAUUCAGGGAUUUUUCCUUUUUCUUGUCAGAUAUGUGGCUAUAGCGCAGCUCGCAGAGAGUACCUGAACAAACAUCUUACGGUGGCUCAUAGUGAAGAGGUGGAUAGAACAAUCAAACGGAAAGCAAUUGAGGACAAUACUGGAGUUAAUUCACCUGGACUAAAACUGUUGCUUAAAAAGUCUCCUCCAGUUGGAGGAUCCAGAGAAAUGCAGUGGAUGUCAAAACUUAACUCUCUUCCUGCCGUAGGACUGCUUGAUCACAACGGCAGGUUGUUUAAUCCUGAAAAAACCUUGGAGGAGACCCAGCACUUCCUCGAAAGAGCUGUUGGGGUUAAAAAAGAGAGUAAUAAAUGGACAAAGUCUCCCCUAAAGACUGAGCCGCAGUGUCUGCACCCCAUUCCAGCAACAGCACCUCAACCAAAGUUACAAGAGCAUGAGCUUAGUCCUGGAAGUGGACUUUUGAAUCCUACCAACAGUAAUGGACUGACCGUUCUCAUGGUGAAAAAUAAAAUUUCCAUUCCUCCUAACUGCACCACUAAAGUCAUGGGCUUUAAGAUGGUAGAUGGUAAAAAACAUUUAGUACUUAAAGUCAUACCAACAAAACAAGAGGACUCCACUGACAAUGAGGUCUCUGAUUCACACAGUGGUGAGGAUGAAGAUAAAAUCAGUAGCCCCUGCUCCUCAUUCUCACCAAGUGUAGGGUCUCUCCUCAGUUUAGAGUCUGGAGAAUCAAAUGAGACUGAUGUUAAAAACUAUGUGAAGUCUUCAAUUAAAGAGAAGUCAAAGGAAGUUGAAAAUCACAUUGGCAACCAACCCCCCUUGAUAGAGGAGCACGCAGUUAGUUUCGAGAGGGCAUGGAAAAUAGGGCAAGUUUAUAAUGAAGAUACCGAAAACACAGACAAAGUCAACCUUUCAGCCUCACAUAAUGUUGACAUACCAUCUUCAACAUUACAAAAUUCAUCCCCAUCCCAGUGUCAGAGUAGUCAGUCCAAUGGUAGAUCAUCACCUAAUGAGAUAUCUUUGCUCUGUGAAAGAAGCUCCAAUGAGGACAUCAAGCCAGCAAAUCCAUCCGUCACACUUUCUAUUUCAUCUUCAGAGCUUUCCUCAGCUAUUUCCGAGACCACGCUUUCUGAAUCGCCCAUGGCUGAAAUAGAAUCAUCUAAAGACCAGAUGACAGUGUUGUCUUCAGUUAUCGAUGGACUUCCAGUAUCACAGUUGGCUGCUGAUGGAACCACAUGUUCUGAUGCACUUUCCCAUGCAAAAUCAAACCCUGAAAUGACCGUAGUUGACACGUCUCAAAGUGCAAAUAUCCUGCAAUCUAAACUUCCAUCUAAAACAAUUGCAGAGGAAUCUCUUAUCCAGAAAGCUACAUUAGAAAACAAUAAAUGCUUCAGAAAUGUUUUCUCUUUAGAUUGUAAACCAUGCGAGACUAAAUCCGGACAAAGCCCCCCUACUGAAAGUCAUGUGGUCUCUGAUUCAGUGGCUGAAAAAGAGAAUGAUUCUGAUAAAUUUGAGACAUUAUCUGAGACAACUGCAAUUAAAGCCUUGUCCUCUAAAACAGUGUUUGAAGAGAGCUCUCAGUUUCUCCCAAAUGUUAGCUGUGCUCCUAACACAAGUAAGACCUCAUACUCGGAUAGUGUAGUUGUAAAUUGCAAUUCCCCUAAAAUAACUACAAAUGAAAACACAGAGUCAAACUCUAGUUUACAAAAUAAAAUUAGUACAGGUGAAUCGACUGAUGUCAAAGAAUAUUGCGCAGAGGUUGAAAAUAACUCCCUCAGUUCCCUGAGUCAAAAAGUCUUUAGUUUUCACAAUUAUUCUAAAGAUACCUCAGGCAGCUCACCUGAUUCCCUCCAGCCUGAGGAAGAUCCAACAGAGGGGAUGGAGGAAGAGGAAUGUGAAGAAGAUUUUGGAGACUGGAGCUUAACUUUGCCUGCAUCUCCUCCUUUUCCAGCAGAACAAUCUGAAGAAGAUUUAAAAGGUAACAAACAGACAGGGGCAAAUGAAGAUAGUGGAGAAAAUGCAUUAGAACGAGUGUCAGAUAGCGAUAUUGAGGUUGAUGAGUGUAUAGCUACUGUUGACGAUUCAGUCGUUCCGGUGCUUCCUGAUAGCAUGCAAGAAACAGCUUGCUCAUCAUUGUCAGAGAAGAAACAGGAUGAUAGGGCACCAGCAAGUUUGAAGAAUGCCACUGUUUUGGGCAAAAUACUUGAAAAGCACUCGGAUGCCAUCAUUAGCCAGCAACUUGAGAAAGAAAGGAUGAAGUCUUUGACUACAGUACAAGAACCUGUUAGGCCAACCAGAACAACACUUAGGAUCUUGCAAACACCUGAAGGAAAACAGCAGAUGUUCCUUCAAACUGCAGAGACUCCGUAUGGUGUGCCGGUUCAGCUUAAAAGUGGAGCUGGGUUCAAGCUCAUUACUAAGUCGUGUUCUCCCAAAAUUAAUGUGUCUUAUGUGAAACCUGGCAUUGAAACGAACAGCAAGACUACAGGACUGGCUCUCACUUUAAACGGAGGCAGAAUUGGAAUGUCUGCGCAAAGUUCUAAUGAGGAAUCUAAAGGCCAAGCAACUGUUCAAAUGGCACCAAGCGGCAGUGGAAAUCGCUACUUUGUCAACGCAGCUGCUCUUAAAGGUUCUCUUCUCUUAUCAAGUGCCGUGAAGUCCUCAUCAGGAGAACAGGCAACCGAUAUGCCACAGACUUGUUAUUUAGUUCAGAGGCCAGUCUCUGUUACCCAAGUUAGCAGUGAGUCCAUUGGUGCAAGUUCCAAGCCUGUGCUUGCAACCCGUCCUGUAUUGGCAAUGCCUGUGAGUACAGCUGAUAAAACUAGUCCCUUGCAGACUGGGAGGCAAGCUUACUUGGUUAGAUACAUUGCUCCAGCUAAGUCAGGUAUACUUUUGAAUAAUUCCAAUGGAAAAGCUUCAAACCAGGGCAACCAAGUAAAUGACGGUGGCAAAAACAGGGUUUUCCUUAAGGUUCUUAGAGGUCCUAAUGGCACCAGAUUUCUCUCUAGUGCUCCAUACACCACCACCUCAGCCAAAAAGCCUCUAUACCUUGCUACAAGUUCUUUACAGUCACCUUGCUUCUUAAUGUCCUCAAGUAAAUCUUUGAGCAAUGUGUCGGCAGGCCUGAAAACAUCUGUCAGUUCCCAGGGUCUUGCUCAUAAACUGAUUCCAGCACAGCUUAUUCUACCCCAGUCAAAUGUUCAAAUCAAAAACAGGGGUGAUCCGGAUGUAGCAUUACAGAAGUCACCACUUGUUCCUUGUCUCACCCGUCCACUAAGCCAAAGGAAGAGGCGGCGAAAGGCUUUGUUUGAGGAAAUGCAGGAGAGCUCUUCUAAAACUAGGAGAAUCUCAAGCAAUACAUCAGCUAAGAAAGAUGCUACCUCAGUUUGGGAGCCUUUUGCAAAAGAUGUCGAGAGAAGGCUGAGACUCUGUCCCUUUAGUCCACUUCAAGAAAUCAAAUGUCCCCGUCGAAACCAGCCUGUGGUCGUGCUGAACCACCCUGAUGCCGACAUUCCUGAAGUUGCUAGCAUCAUGAGGUCAGUGAACAAGUACAGAGGUGAAGUUUUCAAAGUGGUGCUGUCGCAGAGUACAGUUAAAACCCUCUCUGAGCUGAGCCUCACUGAUCCUUCAAACACACUUUCAAAGCAGAAGGCUUCCAACAGCAGUGGCAGUGCAACAUCCAGGCCAGUAGGAGUCACUGUUCAAGAGAGAUUUAUAUUAAAACUCAAGUUAAAAAAGACGAGUAGAAAUAAGUAUGAGGUGGUGAGGUCCUCAUCUGCUGGUUUUGAGCAGCAGUCAAGGUUUUGUUGCUGGUUUUGUGGGCGACUUUUCAACAACCAAGAGGAUUGGAUUGGCCAUGGUCAACGGCAUCUUAUGGAGGCAACAAAAGACUGGAACAAGCUGUUCUAAUGCAACACAGAGCCCCUGGAUUGGGCCAAAUGCCCUCCGUCAUUGUAGAAAACAGAUUUUUUACAUUUAUUUCCUUUUUUAAUAGUAGAGUAAGACACAGUAAACCUGUCUACAUUAUUUUUCCAUAGAUUUUUCUUCAGAAGUUUUAAAGGGUAUAGUGUAAUAGAAUAGAGUUUGAUACCUGUUUGAAACCAGUUUGUAUGUAAAUAGUUUUAACCCUUGCAUAUUUAAAUCGAAACCCUUGAGUUGUAUAGAACGGAACUGUGAAAACUGGACACACUGUAUGUUUAUGGUGCACGCAGGAAAUCACUGGUAUGAAAAGAAGGUGCUGUCUCUUAUAGACCUCUUUUAAUGCAGACAAUUGAACAGAUUUCUCAGGUAAUUCCAUAAUCUUUUAAUUAAUGGUUCAGCUUAUAAAAAAGUAAUUAUUUUCAGUCUGAAGCUGUGUUUGAUUGUCUAACUAAAUAUUAUGCACCAUUUAAGUACAGUUUGAGUUGGCUACAUGUCAUGCCUACAUUGUAAGAGUUCAUGGAACCUAGUGAACACGAUGUAUUUUCCCAUUAAUGUCCUCCUAUUUUAUUAAAUGUUCAAAAUGAAUGGAGAAAUAAGUGUGUGGGUAUACCUGCAAGUUGUAAGAGUUAUUUUAGGAAUUGUGGCAGACACAACAAAUUCACCUAAAAACAAACCAUCUGGUUCCUGUGGAAGCCAUCCUUUUAAAACGAUUAUGUCCAUUGAGGUGGUUUGCCAUUAUUAUGCUGUAUUUUGUAUUUUGGUGCAUUAGUUCUCAUACUGUUUGUUUGAGUCACAUUACUUUUCUCUGGUGCUAUGCAUCUCCCUUCAUUACUUCAAAUGAGACCUGGUGUCAUUUCAGUAGCAAUAAUGGACUUCAUAAUUGUUUGAAACUUUUCUCUGUUAAGAUGUUCUAAACCUACAUCUGUUGGUUAUUGCUUCUGUGCUUUUGUUUAUCUUCUGUUCUUUUCUUCUUUUGAAAUGAAGAAAUGCACCUGUAAAUGUAUAAUUAUGCUUUACCUAAAAAAAGAUAAGACCGCAUGUUUAGAGAUGCAACCCAACAAACCUCAAAUAGCCAACCAAACACUAACUGUAUGUUCAUUUUCUGUUGUACAUGAGUGCCUCAUUCUGCCUUUUAGUUUUAACCAGAGGGUCUGUUUCUUUUCACAGUAAAGUCCAGAUUUGUAAGAUUCUUGUGUGCUUAGCAGACGUGCGAAUAUUUCACCUAAACAGUUGGUUGCCCCAAUAUCAGUCCUCUUCACUAUGGUUGUUUACAAUGAGAUUUGACAAUAAGGAUCCAAAUAAACAAUUGGUUAAAAAGCAUUAAAACAGAGUUAAAGCAUUCGGUAUAUAUACUUUGCAUUAAAAGCAUGCUUUACUGGUAAUUGGAUACCAUUGUUUUUUAAAAAGGUCAACUCCGUUAAUGCUGUCGAGAACCUAUAAAGUGUGCUCGGUGGUCCUUUUAAAUUGAUCUGUCAAUCUGCAAAUUUUAGAGGUUCUUUUUUUAUACAAUUUGUUUCUUAUUAACCUGGACGAACACCUCAUAAUUGAUUUGUUCUGCCACACUGAAAUCUCACAGAGAAUUUUGUAAUUCUUAUGACCAAUGUAUUCAUUUGUCUGUGUCCAUAUUGUUCUCUGUCCAUGGUGCUUUACAGUGUAAGAAGCUUUGAUGGCAGAGAGGUAAUAAUCCAUCCUUGAUUUAAGUAGCGUUCCAUGUUUUAAAUCUAUUUUUCCUAACAAAUAGGUAUCAAACAAUUAGUUUACAUGAGAACUAUGUUGUUAACAUAGAAAGUUUUGUCUCUGAAAACAAUUGUUUCACCCUCACCCUACGUGACAUUACAUUCACUGUUAUACAUGUGAAGUAGUCAAAGUUUUAUGCAAACCAUGACAGUUGACUAAUAUUCAGCUCAAAUGGCUCUGCUUGAAAAAGUAAUGUCAUGCCAUGAAUGAGCAAACAUAUAGUCCUCUUCUGUCAACCAAAUAAUGAUUGUCCUGAGGUAAAAAAAAAAAAAAAAAAAAAACGUCCUUCCUUCUGGUUGUAUUGUCCAUGUCACACAGGUUUUAUUGGGAUCUGAGAGACAAGUUUAUUUUUUUAUGCUAAGUGCCUAAAAUGUGAUGCACCAGGUUGACACUAUAUUGUACUGUAUUUACCUCCUUGCAGUUCCUUCUUUAAUAAAUGUAAAUACC